GAGGAGUACUUCGGUCAGCAAGAGGAAGACUAUAGGAGGACAGGGACUGGGUAGUUCCAUGCACGAAUUAAAGAUGAAGGAAACUGGGACGUCUACAGUAGGAUACCCUAAUCCGACGAAAUGACAACAGCGUAAAUUCUCUCAUGACUCAUCUUCGACCACGCCUAGCAGAACUCCCUUCUAGUAGUCCAGGCCAACCUUUGGAAACACAUCAACACACCACGACCAUGAUGUCUCUCGCCGACCUCUCUAUCGAAGUCCCGUGCAAGAUCGCGGAACUCGUCCAGAUGGACCAUCCAGAGGACUAUACCAGCAUGCGUAUCAGCUGCAAGUCUCUCUACCAAAUUACAAACACUCCAUUUGCUGUCACUAAUUUUGAGGAAAGGUAUCAUGUUUCCGUCAAGUACGGCCUUGAGAAGCUGCAGACAAUGACUGCACGUCUUUGCUUUGACCCAUUUGUGAAGACGAUCACGAUCAGGAUCGUCGAGCGCAAAUGCAAUGAGGGUCUGUCAAGGUGGCUGCCUGCUAACAGCCAUAUCUUGUCAGCCGACUUUCGCAGGCUCACGAGUGACGCCUCUGAGAACAUCAGGAUAUGAUCGACGGUGGUCAAGAUCGCCAUUCGCGGAUGUGACGAUGAGAUGUGGAAAGCACUCAGCAAAUUCAGCUAUGGGCUUUCAAGACUCCAGAAGGCAAAGCAUCUGCCUGAAGAGUGGGAAGUUCCCACCUGGAAGCUUCGUUCGCAGCAGUAUCAAUGUCAAUCACCGAUUCUCCGCCUGCUCUUCGAAAACGGGACCGAUGUAUUUGAGGCGAACGGAGCCUUUGGACUCGGGGAGCUCAAGAGUCUCGCUGCUUAAAUCGAAGCAGUCGAAAAGAUCGAGAUCGACAUGAUGGAGAAUCAAUGACGAUGAGGAGAGGAAGUUAUCGUGUCUGCAUCUUCUGGUUAUAUAGCACGACCCGCUUCCAUCUUUGAGCCGUCGGAAUAGCAACGAUCGGAUUUUCCAAGGAUUCUCGAGAGGUUAUAAGAGCUUCGAUCAAUCUCUGGUGCCAUAUUUGAGGGUCAAUGAU